AACAGCUCGGCAGUCAGAUUGCAUACUCUUUAGUGCACAGCAAAAGGAAAAAAGUCCCAUAUAGCUAUUUCACACCUACGAGAUACGAAGCGAUAUACUCUUCUAGAAAGAAUCGUUCAAGUCUAUAGAAGACAGCGAGAUAUUCAAGGGUAUAAUAAGUGUUGAGAGCAGGGUGCGCGAGUGAUCGUCGCGUGGUCGCUCGAUAAAACGGUGCAGACAAGAACAGCGCGCAGAGAGAAUAAUCUAUCUCUCAUAGACAGAGGGUCGUAAACAUGUUCUCUGGGCUGACGAAUCAGGUGUCCAAUUGGAUGGGUAAGAAGGCCGAGGAUGGUGCUGAAGGUGCUCCAUUGUCGACCGAAGCGCCUGUUCAAGAUGCCGUCGAGGCCGACGUUGCUGCUGGCAGUCCAACGAAGGGCGGCAGCAGCAAGCUAGAGAUGUUGGCAGGCGUCAAGUCUCAAGUAGCUUCGUCGAUGAGCGGCUGGUUGAGUGGAGGUAUACCGGGAUUGAAUCGCGGUGGUGCAUCAGCCGAGGUUGAUCAAAACGCCGAUCCAUUGGCGGUAGCCGAGUCAACGAGGGAUCCCGCAGUUGCGGACACAACAGAAAACGUAAAAGACGAUGAUGCUAGCAGGUGGGUCGCAGGUGCGACUGGUGGUGCGGACAGCGGUCCGGGGAGCCUCGGGGGUACGCCAACUGACGACAAGGAUGCACAGCAAGCCUUCGGCGCCGACUCUACUGGGCAAAGAGGUGCUAUAAAAGCUGCAGUUUCGACGAAGGCAUUGGCAGGUGCGAAGAGUCUCGGUGGUUUCCUGUACAGCGCAGUCAACAAGGCUGGCAAGUCGGUUGCUGAAGCUGGCGCAAAAAUCAAGAAAACCGUCGAGGAAAACAGACUGAUAGCCGAGCUAAACAAAGAGCAAGAGGCGUUCAUCGCUGGUAAAGGUGGCGAGAAAGGCGAAGCUGUUCCACCAUGGGUCGGCGCACCCGACGAGGACGCACUGCGCGAAGAAUGCCUCGCACUUUCGACCGACCGACGUAACUUCGUAAGAUCACCACCGCCAGGUGUCGACUUCGCCUGGGACUUCGAAGCCAUACAGCCGAUAGCACAAGCGACUCUUGCCGUCGAUUCCAAUCUCGAAUCUAUGAGGUUCGAGCUUGUACCCAAAGUAAUAUCGGAGGAGAACUUCUGGCGUAACUACUUUUACCGAGUAUCCCUGCUGCGUCAGAGCCACGAGCUCAACGCGCUGGCCAGCCAGCAGUCGACGGAAAGCAACCCGAGCCAGGUCGCGUCGAGCCACAGCAUCGACAAUGCUCAAGUAGGAGCUGCCGAGACGCUAGCCACUGCAGCCAAGCCGACCACCCACGAGAAUGUUGAGCAGACGAACGAGGCGCUUGACAAGUUGACCGUACAGCCGAGCAAAGAAGAGGAUUGGGAGCGUGAAUUGGAUGCCGAGCUGAAGGAUUACGAGGUGGUACCGGAUCGACAAGCAUCGUCGAAGACAGUCAAAUCCAGUGACGACUGGCUCGAGGGUCAAAUCGACGAGUUGCUCAACGACGACGAGGAUCUCAAGUGAAGAGCGCUCGAUAAAGACGAGUUCGUGAUUGUCGAUGUCGCGUGACACUACUCGCCUACUGUACAUUGUGUGGAAUUUUGAGAGUGCUAUAUUAUAAUAUCCGUGUAGCAGGUUUAGGAGUUCUUUGGCGUGGAAUUUUUUUUUAUUGAAAUUUUUAUACGUUAUUUACUCGAGGAUUAAGUUAUUUUUAACCAUGUUUUGUAUUUUUUUCUUGACAAUCGAGUAUUCAGUGAAUAAUGAGCGAAUAAUUUUAAUUACAAAGUAUUUGCGAUUCGUUGUAUGUUGUUCGCUGUAUUCUCAAACAUUGAUUUCAAACGAAUUGAGUAAAUCGCUUUGUUACAUUCACAAUAGACAAAUCAGUGUUAUCUCUAAAGAACUCAGAGAAAUUGUUAAAGCAAACAAAGAACCCAACUGUACGUCCCAUUCCGUCUGAAUAAUCCAAUUACAAAGCAAACGGCAAACGAGAAUUUUAAACACUGUAAAUAGCAAUUGCAUCCACCCUCUUUUUCGUCGUAUAACACGAGGAACAGUCUUAGGAGUUGGCAACCGGAACCGUCUGAAGAAAAAUAAACAAAAGCAAAGCGAAUGCGUAAAAAAAGAUACCAAUAAUCGCACAAGUUUCAAUGGGCCUUUUUCAUAGAUAAGCAAAUGAAACGACGCAAGCGCUUCAUUGCGUAAUUAAACAAUAAAGGAAACAAGUUCUACUACUUCAUUGUCUAUUGUCGUGUUUUUGUUCAAUUGGGCACGUGUUUUUCACGCAUAGCAUUUCAAAAGGAGAUUGACCAUUUUUGGUCACAUGAAAUGUUUCGCCAUUUGUUGAGUCUUAUGUUGAUCCACUUUUCGGGUUACUCGAAUUGGAAAACCAGUGAAGUACACGGUUUGGAGAAUCAAUCAGUCGAACAAUAAACCUACUUGAAUUUUAAUGUAUACUUAGGUGACAACAUUGCAUUCAAUAUUUCAUAACUACUGUCAUUCGAAAUGUGCUCAAGAAAACAAUUAAAAAUAAAGCGUACUGGAUACACUGUUAACCAAAGAUUUGUGUGCGAUUAAUUAUACGUACUUAUAGUUUUCUUCCUAUCGUUGAGUAAAUCUAAUUAUAAGUUAUCGAGCAAAUUUUAAAAAUCGUUUUUCGAAUGAACGACAAGAACAGACAUUUAGAUGUUAAAAACAAAUCAUUCCGUGUAAGAAUCGAGAAAGCGGUGUGCCAGUGUGAUUGUGAGAAUGUUAUAAAUAUCUAUAUACGUAAAAUGUAAGGCGUAGAUAAAUUAUAGCUAUUAUCACUUGUCUUGUUAUCUUCGAGAUGAGCUGCGCUUUUCCGCUGCUUCCCGCAAAAAUUCUUUGUAUAAUCAUGGUUUUUUUGUAUAGUUGGAUAUAAUCAAUAAGAGAACAGCUUGUUUAGCAACAAACGUUAGCGAAAGAAUAUAUCGUGUAGUUAUUUGCUAUUUGAAAAAGUUGUUUCGUGGUAGUACUCGAUGGAAGCGAUUUUUCAAUUGCGACUACUGGAGUGAGGUAAAGUGAAGAAUACGAAUCUUUUGAAAAGUAUUAUUAUUUUCAAGAAUCAAUAACGAAAAGCGGAUUUAUUGAAAUUAACAGUUGAUAAAUUUCUCGUACUCUAAUUCAUUUUCUCUCGAUUUAAAAUUACUAAUGCAAUAAAAAACAAACGCAAAGCAGCGAAUUCAUGAAAACGCAGACACGAUAAGAAAAAAAUUAAAUGAAGAUAAAACGAGUAUUUGUACAUUAUAUUGUUGUUCGUUAGAAUUAUGUACACAUAUAAGAAAAGAUGAUACAUAGACACAAUUUAAUUAUUUCGAAAACUAUUUAUAAAAAAACCAUUUUUAUUCGAUUAAACGCCAUACGUAGGUUCACGUGCCGCAAUAAGAACACUUAUAGAAACACGUAUAACCUCUGCAGAACUUCUUACAGACGAUAUCUACAAAAAGGAAAUCACUCUGAUGAAAAGAAUGUUAAGUGAAACAAUGUGCAUUAUUUUAUAUUCGUCUUUCCUUCAAAGUUUCGUGUUUCUAUAAGAAGACUUAAAAAAUCUUUCGCUUUCAUCAUUUAAAAGGAAAGAAAUACAAUUUCAGAAUCCUGCAUCAUAUUCAUAAAUAUAUUUUAAUUGGGGCCUAAUUCCUUAGCAAAAGAUUUUUGUUUUUUCGAUUUAAACUGUCAGAGAUUCCUUAUGGAUAUAGGCGAUAACAAUGAUUAUAAUGAAAACAAUGUAGGAGAAAGUUGAUUAUUAUAAAAAUGGAAGCGAAAGAGAUUUUUCAAAGCGACAAAGCUUCUAUAUGCGUGAGCGAUGAUUCAAGCAGAUUCGAGGCAAGCGUCGUUUGACGAAAGGAUUAUGCAAAUGAAAACCUAAAAAAAUUAUAAUUAUGAUCGUACAUAAGUGAAAUAAAAUUUAAACAGCAAAAAAAAACAAGAUGCAAUGCAUUAUAACUCGCGAAAAAGAAUAUGAUAUGGUGAACAUUAAUUAUAUGAUACUUAUGUAUACAUAUAUUAUCAAAUAAAUAUAUAUAUAUAUGUUGUUGACUCCAUUGAAAGUAUGAUAUUCAUAUAAAUAUGUACCUAUAAAUGAUGACAAGAGAGUAAAAGAAGCCAGAAUCUUAUGGUAUAAUGCACGAUACAAAAGAAUAAAAAAAGCAGUUUGGGAAUUUUAGUGAGGAUGAAAAAAGAUAAAAAUGAAGGUAAUAACGAUAAUAUUGUAAACAAUAUUGCCAGGUCGUGUACCUUGUAACAAAAAUAAAAUCGAAUA